AUGGCCGACCCAGCGGCGGAAGAAGAGAGGAAGGCAGCAAGGGAAGCAGCGUUACAAGGCGUUUGCCCAGCAGAAUUUCAACGCGAUCGCGUUAUACCCCGUGGAUCGGACGACAUUAGUAAACAGAGUGUGAUACUAAAGCUGGCUGACCGCUUAGUGAGUCCUUGGAAAGAAGCCGUAACGGCUGCUGAAACAUUGAGCGACUUUAGAAUGCCUAGACGCGAUGGCAGGCAGGAAAACGGCAGGAUGUUGGAAUCUUUUGUCGAAAUCGAUGUGGCCCUUAACGAAGCCAAAGAAGAAUGGGCUAAAUCUAUAGACGGAGAGCACCUCUGGGGCCGAAUUCAUUGGGUUGUAACUCACAAGAAACUAAUAAACGUCAAGAAAAUCGUGUGUUUCGACCUAGAUGGGCCUUGGGCGUGGCAUUUGGGCAUUCCACCUACUGAUGCGGAAAAGUUGGAGGGAUAUGGCAAUCGAAGCCUGAUCCGGCAUGUCGCGGCACUCUGGAUGGCGCAGAGCAUUCGCAAAGCGUGUAAAAGCUCAGAGGAAAUCAAGGUGUACUCCCAAGAAUUGUCAUUUCGCCCUGUAGACCGCGCGGUUCUCAAGGCUAACGGAAUCACACCACUGGACGGCCAGCAAGGCAAGCACGAGGGUUUUCGCGAAAUCGACGAGAAUACACUUGUGUUCAUGAUGGGCGGCGGUGCUGAGAACAAUAUCCGGGUCAUAUGCGCAACCAACCGCCCCGCUGGAAUCAUAUGCUCCAUACAUCGACCGACUCGAUCCAACCCCAAUUAUGACGGACUACAGGCAGCUUUUCAUUAUCUAGAUAAAGAGUAUGAUGCAUACGCCGACUGGAUGCCGUUUUACCAUCCCGCCUGCCCGGAGCAUCUCAAUGUGCGGGGACCACAGACUUUGAAGGAAGCGGCUGCUAAAAAUAAGCAGAGACCGCUUCAGGGCGCCACGGUUUGGUUGCGAAAGCAUGAAUAUCAGCGAUGGACCUGGCUACAAGCCGACCCAGCUGACUAA